CCGACGCUCUUCAGUCUUCAAAUGGAUUUCGAGUCGAAGGUUUCCCCUCGCACCGGCGGCUAUGGCCGCUACAACCGAGUCGUGGUCGUGUUCAGCUGGUUCCCCAACUUCGCCGUCAUGCUGAAUCUGUUCAGCGACGUGUUCUUCACCGCCCUCCCGGAGUCCUACCACUGCAAGCCGGACCCGCGGCUCCUGCCCUCCGCGUUCCUCCCCAGCAACUUCUCCAGGCAGCGAUACCUCAACCUCACCGUCCCCUGGGUGAACGGCUCCGGGCUCAGCCACUGUGAAUUAUUCAAGUACCCUCCAAAUGCCUCUGACUUUUCCGAAAAGGUCUCCAGGGAGAGGGUGUCCUGCACCCUGGGGUGGGAGUACGCCAACGCAGCGGGGCUCCAGAGCAACUUUGUCACUGAGUGGAACCUGGUUUGCGGUGACUAUUGGAAAAUCCCUUUGCAGCAUAUCUGCUUCAUGACUGGAUGGAUUCUGGGGUACAUCCUUCUUGGUACAUUGUGCGACUGGCUGGGUCGUCGGAGAUGUUUCCUCCUCUCCAUCAGUCUGUCCAGUGUGUUGGGCGUGGCCGUAUGUUUAUCCGACAGUGUGGUGGUGUUUCUGCUGCUGCGUCUCUCUCAGGGCGCCAUGCUCGCCGGGGUGUUCAUAUCCUCCUAUAUUGCCAGGCUGGAGCUCUGUGACCCUCCCCAUCGUCUCAUGGUUGCCAUGAUCAGCGGCUUCUUUGCCAUUUUCGCCGAGCUGCUGUUACCGGGCAUCGCUGCUGUGUGCCUCUACUGGCCCGUUCUCCAGGCUGUGACCACGUUGCCUCUGCUCCUGCUGCUCUCCUAUUGGUGCUGUGCGUCCGUGUUUCCGGAGUCUCCUCGUUGGCUGCUGGCCACAGCUCAGAUCCUCCAGGCGAAGAGGAGCCUCCAGGAAUUCUCCAGCAGGAACGGAGUUUGUCUCCACAAUGAAGUCUACCCUGGUGAAACCCUGCUGUCAGAGAUAGAUUCAGCAUACGGAGAAGACUGUCGGCCAGCGUACUUCUCAUUUCUGGAGCUGCGUCGGACUCGUGUUAUCUGGAAGAACUGCCUCAUCCUGAGCUUCACGCUGUUCAUUGGAACGGGGAUCCAGUACUGUUUCACCAGAAACCUGAACGGCUACUCCUUCAACUUCUACUUUGGCUACUUCCUCCGAGUGAUAACCGGAGCGCUGGCCUGCAUCUUCAUCUGCGUGUCGGUCAACCACUUUGGUCGGCGUGGCAUGCUGCUGCUCUCCGCCAUCAUCACUGGCCUGUCAUCGCUGCUGCUGCUGGCCCUCACUCAGUAUCUGCAUGGAGGCCUGGUGUUGGUGCUCUCCGUCGUGGGGCUGCUGUUCUCUCAGGCUCUCGCCAUGCUCAGUGCCUUCUUUGCCAGUGAGGUGAUGCCGACCGUGGUUCGAGGCGGUUGCCUCGGCCUGGUGCUGGCAGCUGGUUGUGUUGGCAUGGCCGCCUCCUCCCUGAUGGAGCUCCAGAAUAACGGCGGCUACUUUCUCCACCAUGUGGUCUUCGCCUCCUUCGCUGUCCUCUCCGUCCUCUGCAUAAUGCUCCUGCCUGAAAGCAAACGCAAGCCGCUCCCAGACUCCCUGAAGGAGGGCGAGAGCCGGCACCGGCCCGCUCUCUUCCUCUCCCGGCCCGACAGGGACAGCCUGCCGUUACUCUGCGCACGGCCACCUUUAUCCGAGUACAAGCCUGAUAACUAUUCCCGUUUGGUCUCUUCUACCUGGAGGAUGUUGACUAAAGAUAAUUUGCCUUAUAGGAUCGCUGUACCGGCUCAUUCCCCUCUGCUGUCAGACAGUGAAACACAGGGACAAGAGAACGGGACCCUGAGGGAGGUCAUGUCUUAGCUCUGUUGACGGAGCCUGCCCAUCCUCCUCUACAUGCCUGGAUUAUCCGUCCUCCUCCUAGACAUACCUCGACAGACCGAUUACCAUCAUCCUUCGUUUAAUUAUGUUCUCUCAAUAAUGUGUUGGUUAUCAUUCACCGGAAGAACUGACCUGGGCUCGGAUGGCGUGCACUUCAGAGCGAUGGCGCCAAGUCUUUCCAUUUUCAGGACUGUGCUGCGUCUUUUUCUCGCGUUAUAAUGCGCUGAAAACAGCGGCCUUCUUUAGCGAAGGCUUUAUCUCGGCCUAACCUCAGGUGAGGGUUUGAACUGUAACAUGUUAUUAUGUGGUAAACUCCCUCGAACAUGUGUAACAUAAUGCAGUUGAGGUCACACUGCUGGUUUGUGAAGGGGCAUUCAGACUGAAUAGUGAAACACUAGUUCUACCAGCUCAAUGGGGCGGAGGCUGUGGAUCAUGUGAGCUGUGGUCCUUUGUCCAUUUACUACUCAUGCACUUCCCUUUAAGUCUGACCGUCUGAUUCACCGUGCUGAGAGGAUCCCGAGGACACGCCAAACCAGUUCACACGGUCUUUGUGGAGUCGCGUUGUCCUUGUGAAGCACACGAGAGUUGAGAGUUCUUAAUGAUGCACUGGUCAUUGAAUAUGAAGACUGAGUCGAAGGAUAUUCCUCUGGCCUUUUCAAUGCUUCCUUCUGCCACUACCAAACCGUGUCCAACUAUUUCACUUUGAAGAAUUUAGAUGAUCUAUGUGGGGGAAAUACGCCAGAUAUCAGCCUGUGACUGUUUGGUCUAUUAACCCCUUUGUUACAAACUAUGAUUUCAAGGUGCUACUUUUGCAUUAAGUUUCUCUUGAAGUAGCUAAACACAAAUGUGCUAACUAUGUCACUGUAGACAAAGUGAAUCCCCUCUCUCUUGAAAUGAUUGAGUUGUGUCCUAAAUGGGGGGGGAUGGAUGGAAAUGUCAUGGUUGCCAUAAAUAACGAGAGAAAACCCACCACUGGUUCGGUCUAUCAAAGGUUUAAUUGUGUAAUAGUUAACUAAAUGUGCUAAAGAUGCUUUUGUAUUGACUGAAGCUCCUCUAGUUGAUCAGAGAAAGAAUGUUUUUUAUGUUGAAACUCUUCAGACUCUUAGCCUGUCUUUGUCCUUACCACGUGAACAUUGCCUUGUUUGCAUGUUCCAACCAACCUAAUGUGUAAAUUAAAUUCAAAACAUGCAAAUCACCAAAACAUUAUGUUGAGAAGCCACAAAGAUGUUAUGUCUCUUUAUUUGUUACCCUCUCAGACCACUAGAUGGCGCUGUGCACUAUACGGUCACACAAUGUCAGGAUACAGAUGUUGAGGAAUAAUUGUGUGUAUUCAGAGUCCGUAUGUCAUCAGUCACAAACAUGUUCCCAGAGAAGUCUCUCUCUGAGUGUUAUGGUGAGAUAAAACAAACGAUGAGCCCAAUAAACUUAGCUUGGUCUGACAUUAUAA